UAGUAGCACCCUUCUAUAUCAUUAUUUCUUCUUGUUUUUUGUUUUUUUUUUACUUGCUUUAUUAGUAUUUUAGUCGGAGCAGUGCAUUGGUGGAACUCGGUUGUGAUUCAGAUUGAUUUUGUAUUGAAGAAAGAAUAUUUUGUUGUUUUUUUUUCUCUGGUUUUCCAGCAUCUAGUCUUAAAAAAAGAAAAUGACGCAUAGCAUUGCUAAUUUUUACCUGUGGCUAGUGGUUUGUGCUCCAAUGCUUACUCUACAGGAUCCUGGGCAGAUCCUGCCCACUCCACAGUCGCGUAUAAUCAAUGGCACUGCCGCAACUGUGGCCGAAACAAAGCAUUUGGUGUCCAUACGUCUGAGGAAGCAUGAUAAGAAUUUCGGGAGUGGUCACAUCUGUGGCGGAUCCCUAAUAGGUCCGAAUAAAGUACUCACUGCCGCCCAUUGUCUGUACAACACUGGACGCAAACGGUAUCGUAGGGCCAGCGAAUUCAUUGUGGUCAUGGGCACACUGAAUCGGUUCGAGCAUGUGAACGGCACCAUAGUGUCGGAAGUUAGCUCCAUAGCCUACAUGAACACCUUCACUCCGGAUAGUAUGCGCGACGAUGUCGGCGUAAUGUUUCUAAAGACGGGUUUGCCACCAAAUCGCACCCACCUGACUGUGCAGCCCAUAGAACUGGCUACGCAGCCAACGGGAGCGGGUCAAAUGUGCCAAGUGUCCGGUUGGGGCAGGACCGAGCAGAGCUCGUUAUCGACCAUACUGAUGACAACGAAUGUCAGCACCAUUCGACACCAGACAUGCGGUCUAAUAUAUGGGAGUGGGUUGCUUCCAGGCAUGAUGUGUGCCGGCCGACUGCAAGGAGGCACUGACUCCUGUCAGGGGGAUUCUGGCGGCCCAUUGGUGUACGAGGGACGAGUAAUUGGGGUGGUAUCCUGGGGGUAUGGUUGCGCGGAGCCUGGUUUGCCCGGAGUCUAUGUGGAUGUCCAGUACUAUCGGCAGUGGAUCGAUGAGCGCAGCAAAGCAUCCAUCCUGGCUGAAUCUGGAAUUGCCUAUUUAAUAUUGUUUUUCACCGUAUGCUUAAUGAAAUAAAUUUCUUUUUCAACA